AUGUCUUCAAUCGAACCAGAUACUCCUUUGGCUACUGAUACACCAAGAGAAACCACUACUGAGCCAACUGCAUCUGUUGAAGCAAGUACUCCAGCUGGUGGUAUUGAUGAACAGCAACAGCAACAACAACCAGCAGAACAACUGGCAGAACUUAAAUCAGAAAUUGAAGAAGCUCCAAAAGCUGAUAUUGAAAAGUUACAAUUAGAAUUUCAAGAGAAGGCAAGAAAGUAUUUGGCGGAACAAACUUCUCAUAUAGUGGUUCCUUCAUUUGCAAAAUGGUUUGAUUUAAAUGAAAUUCAUUCAAUUGAAAAGAAAUCAUUUCCUGAUUUCUUUCUUGCUGAUCCAAUAAAUUCUUACAAGACUCCUCAAGCUUAUAAAUAUAUUCGAGAUUUCAUUGUUAAUACCUUCAGAUUAAACCCAAAGGAAUAUUUAACUGUAACUGCUGUUCGUAGAAACUUAUCUGGAGAUGUUACUAAUAUAAUAAGAAUUCAUCAAUUCUUGGAAAAAUGGGGAUUAAUCAAUUAUCAAAUAGACCCAAGAACGAAACCAAGUGUUGUAGGACCACAGUAUACUGGCCAUUUUCAAAUUACUUUGGAUACACCUCAAGGAUUAGCUCCAUUUAUUCCACCAAAUGCUCAAAUUGUUAAAAAGGAAGUUGAAGAACCCACACCAUCCUUACCAUCUCCAGCACCAGAAAUCAAAUCAGAAGAACAGCAACCAUUAGGUUUAAACUUAGAGAUUAGACGUGAUAUUUACGCUACAGGUGAUAGGAAAUCCAAUUAUAAAUCCAAUAAUCUCGUCCAGUACGCAUGUAGUGUUUGUGGUACAGAUGCAACUGAAGUUAGAUAUCAUAACUUAAAAAUUAAAUCAUAUACUUAUAAUCCAUCUUCCACCUUAAACAACGCCAGUAUUUUAUGUUCCCUUUGUUUUGAUCAAGGCUUAUUCCCCCUGAACUUUACUUCUUCUGAUUUCAUCCAAUUACAAAAAUCUCAAAAAUCGGCUGAAUGGUCAGAACAAGAGAUCUUGUUAUUAUUGGAAGGUAUUGAAAUGUUUGCCACAUAUGACAUACCAAAUGCAAACGGAAGUAUCGCUUCAAAUUCUAAUGCUCAAUGGGAUAAAAUUAGCGAACAUGUUGGAACAAAAUCAAGAGAACAAUGUAUUAUUAAAUUUAUUCAAUUGCCAAUUGAAGAUAAAUUCUUAACUAAAUUAAUAAAAGGUGAGGAUGAGGAUGGAAGUGGAAAGUCAACUUCUAAGGUUAAUGAAACCUUAGUACAAGAAGUUGUUAAAAAAUUGAUUGAAACUAAGCAAGGUCAAGAUUUACUUCAAGACAAUUCUACUACAAACUUGCAAGAAUCAAUCUUGGAAGAAUCAAAUUUAAUAAAUCAAGUUAUUGAAUUAACAUUAGAGAAAUUCAAUCUUAAGCUUGAAAAAUUCGAAGCUUUACAAGGAAAUAUCAUUAAGAUUGAAGAUCAAUUGAAUUUGGAAAGAAAACAAGUAUUAAUGGAAAGAUGGAUUCAAUUUGAAAAAAUUCAAAAAUUAAAACAACAAAGACCAGAUUUAUCUGACAUCUUGGAUGAUUUGAUUCAACCUGUAAGAGUAACCGAAAUCAACAAAUCACUUAAUCCAGUCAAGAAAAUUGAUACAGAAGAUAAGAUGGAAGUAGAUGAAACUCAAGCCAACGACAUAGAUUCAGAGAAGUUACCAAUUAGUAUCAGUCAACCAAAGACUUAUCAAUAUUGGUCCGGUUAA